AUGGCACCCCGAAAUGGAGUCACAGCACCCCCAAACGGGGUCCGCAGCAUCCGGCCGCAGGUGGUGACCACGUUCGAGCUGCCCGGCUGUUACGACAUGUGGACGGUCACCGCGCCCCCGCCGCGGGAACAGCCCGAGGUGGCCCCGGGGACCAGCGCGGAGCCCGAGGCGGCGACGGCGGCUCCGGAAAGUUCUGAGGAGGACGGGGAACGUCACGGGUUCCUCAUCCUGAGCCGCGAGGACUCCACCAUGAUCCUGCAGACGGGCCAGGAGAUCCUGGAGCUGGACACGAGCGGCUUCGCCACGCAGGGCCCGACCGUGUUCGCAGGGAACCUGGGCCAGGGCCAGUUCAUCGUGCAGGUGUCACCUCUGGGGCUGCGCCUGCUGCAGGGCGUGACCCAGCUGCACUUUGUCCCCGUGGACCUGGGCUCUCCCAUCGUGCACUGCGCCGUGGCCGAUCCCUUCGGGGUGCUGCUCAGCGCCGACGGCCACCUGGCCACCUUCACCCUCAAGGGGGACACCUACGGCGGGCGCGCCCCGCGCCUGGCCCUGCUGCGGCCACCCGUGUCACACCCCUCGCGGGUGACAGCGCUGUGCCUGUACCGGGACCUUUCCGGAAUGUUCACCACCGAGAGCCGCGCCCCCCGCGAGGAGCCCCCGCCCCGCCCCCACGCCGAGGCCGAGACCCUCAUCCAGGACCUCAGCGGCUCGGUGGACGAUGAGGAGGAGAUGCUCUACGGGGACUCGGGGGGCUCGGGCCGCUCGCCCCCCCGGGAGGAGCCGCGCCGGGCGGGGCCCCCCGAGCGCGAGCCGGCCCCGCUGAGCCCCGAGCCCUCGCACUGGUGCGUGCUGGCCCGCGAGAACGGCCACAUGGAGAUCUACCAGGUUCCCGAGUGGCGCCUGGUGUUCCUGGUGAAGAACUUCCCGGUGGGGCAGCGGGUGCUGGUGGAUUCCUCCUUCGGGCAGCCGGCGGCCGAGCCCCGCAAGGACGAGCGCGGAGAGCGGGAGCUGCCCCACGUGCGGGAGCUGCUGCUGGUGGGGCUGGGCCGCGCCCAGAGCCGCCCCUUCCUGCUGGUGCACGUGGAGCAGGAGCUGCUCCUGUACGAGGCCUUUGCCCACGACUCCCAGCUGGGCCAGAGCAACCUCAAGGUUCGGUUCCGCAAGGUGCCGCACGGGAUCAAUUUCCGGGAGAAGAAGCCGAAGCCGUCGCGGAAGAAGCCGGAGGGGCCGGGGGCGGCUCCCGGGGGGGCUCCGGGCGGGACCCCCGAGGAGCCGGGGGGGCCCCGGGGCCGCGUGGCGCGGUUCCGCCCCUUCCACGACAUCUACGGCUACUCGGGGGUGUUCAUCUGCGGCCCCUCCCCGCACUGGGUGCUGCUGACGGGCCGGGGGGCGCUGCGGCUGCACCCCAUGGGCAUCGACGGCCCCGUGGAGUCCUUCGCACCUUUCCACAACGUCAACUGCCCCAAGGGCUUCCUGUACUUCAACCGCCAGGGUGAGCUGAGGAUCAGCGUGCUCCCCGCCUACCUGUCCUACGACGCGCCCUGGCCCGUGCGGAAGAUCCCCCUGCGCUGCACCGCCCACUACGUCGCCUACCACGUGGAGUCCAAGGUGUACGCGGUGGCCACCAGCUCCCCCCACCCCUGCACGCGCAUCCCGCGCAUGACGGGAGAGGAGAAGGAGUUCGAGAGCAUCGAGAGAGACGAGCGCUACGUCCCCCCGCAGCAGGAGGCCUUCAGCAUCCAGCUCAUCUCGCCCGUCAGCUGGGAGGCCAUCCCCAACACCAGGAUCGCCCUGGAGGAGUGGGAGCACGUCACCUGCAUGAAGACGGUGUCGCUGCGCUCCGAGGAGACGGUGUCGGGCCUCAAGGGCUACGUGGCCGUGGGCACCUGCCUGAUGCAGGGCGAGGAGGUCACCUGUCGGGGCAGGAUCCUGAUCCUGGACGUGAUCGAGGUGGUGCCGGAGCCGGGGCAGCCGCUCACCAAGAACAAGUUCAAGGUGCUCUACGAGAAGGAGCAGAAGGGACCCGUGACCGCCCUGUGCCACUGCCACGGCUACCUGGUGUCAGCCAUCGGGCAAAAGAUCUUCCUGUGGAGCCUCAAGGACAACGAGCUGACGGGCAUGGCCUUCAUCGACACGCAGCUCUACAUCCACCAGAUGAUCAGCGUCAAGAGCUUCAUCCUGGCCGCCGACCUCAUGAAGAGCAUCUCGCUGCUGCGCUACCAGGAGGAGAGCAAGACCCUGUCCCUCGUCAGCCGCGACGCCAAGCCGCUGGAGGUCUACAGCGUGGACUUCAUGGUGGACGGCAGCCAGCUGGGAUUCCUGGUGUCGGACCGCGACCGGAACCUGCUGGUGUACAUGUACCUGCCUGAAGCCAAGGAGUCCUUCGGGGGGCUGCGGCUGCUGCGCCGCGCCGACUUCCACGUGGGGGCGCACGUCAACACCUUCUGGCGCACGCCGUGCCGCGGGCACGCCGACGGGCCCAACCGGCGCUCCAGCACCUGGGAGAACAAGCACAUCACCUGGUUCGCGACGCUGGACGGGGGCCUGGGGCUGCUGCUGCCGAUGCAGGAGAAAACCUACAGGAGAUUGCUGAUGCUGCAGAACGCGCUGAGCUCCGCCCUGCCGCACCUGGCCGGCCUCAACCCGCGGGCCUUCAGGUUGCUGCAGUCGGAGCGGCGCCUGCUGCAGAACGCCGUGCGCAACGUCCUGGACGGGGAACUGCUGGGCAGGUUCCUGUACCUGAGCGCCAUGGAGCGCGGGGAGCUGGCCAAGAAGAUCGGCACCACACCUGACAUCGUGAGUCACACGGGACAGGUGUGGGGCUGACAGGUGUGGGGCUGACAGGUGUGGGGCUGACAGGUGUG